UGUGACCGACUCCUUCACUCCUUUCUCUUUAAACCCUCCGAGCGUCUCCUAUAAAUCAUUCUUUUCUUUUUUUUUUUAUAUUAAACGUUAAAACAUAAAUAAUAAUAAUGGAACGAAAACGUCCUUAUGAGGAUGACGACAAUAGUCAUCAAGUACCAAACAAUUACAACAACAGUUACAACAAUAAAAAACGAUCUUUUCAUGAAGAUCGCGAUUCAAACAAGGUCAGCCGAACACACACCCGCACCGAUGCCGCAAAAAGUGCCCAUCUCGUGGCUAAGCACUACAAUGAUCGACCUGACGUCGGCGUGGAAAAGCGUAAAGAAUCCAAAAUUAUCCGGCUACGCAGUUUCAACAACUGGAUCAAGAGCGUUCUCAUCCAACGUCAUGUGCGCCAACGAGAUACCGUGUUUGACAUGGGAUGCGGCAAAGGAGGUGAUCUGAACAAAUUUGCCAAGGCACGCAUUCAUCACCUUGUUGCUGCAGACGUGGCACACGUUUCACUCGAGCAAAUGCAGAAACGGUAUCGUACGUUAAGGACCAAGAGCUUCACUGCUGAAUUCUAUGCUAUGGAUUGCUACAAGGAAUUGAUUGCGCCUAAACUACACCGAAGCAUUGGGUUUGAUGCCGUAUCUAUGCAAUUCUGUCUUCACUAUGCAUUUGAAACCGAAGAAAAAGCACGAACCAUGCUCGAGAACGUGUCUACUCGUUUACGUUCCGGCGGACGCUUCAUAGGCACUAUGCCUGAUGCCAAUUGGAUCGUCAAACGCGUACGAGAGCAACCCAAGGGAGUGAACAAGUUUGGCAACUCCAUCUAUCAUAUUGAUUUUGAGGACACGAUCCAAGACGAAAACAAGGAAACGGGCUUCAGCAAGUUUGGGUGCAAGUAUAUGUUUCAUCUAGAGGAUGCGGUGGAUUGUCCCGAGUAUCUUGUCCAUUGGCCCACAUUUGAACGAUUGGCCAAGUCAUAUGGACUCAAGUUGACAUUCAAGCAAAACUUUCAUGAACUGUACAGGGAUGCAGCACGAGAUAAGGAAUUUGGAUGGUUACUUCAGAAGAUUGGUGUUGUGGGUGGCAGUCAAUCCGAAAUGAGUGAGGAAGAGUGGGAAGCAGCACGGGUGUACUUGGCAUUUGCUUUUGAAAAGAUGUAACGUUUGAUAUACCA